AUGGAUCAAUCACAUCAACCGGAGUUGAUCGGCUCUCCCGCCAGACAACGAAUACUCAAGCAGCAACAGCAAAGCCAGCAGCUCGCUCGAACUAGAAUAAGGAAGCAAAAGUUGAAGUUUACCUUCAUCGGAUACCUUAUUGUGCUAGUGUUUUUGGCGAUUGUGCAAUUCAUAGGAAUAGGGUUUUUUACACAAGGAUUCUUGCUUUCAAGACAGGUUUUACCAAACAUCUCGGAAUGCACCAAUGACCAGCUAAACACGUGUCAUCCAGCCCGUUUCGAAAAGGCGGUGGUGUUGGUUAUUGAUGCGUUGAGAUUCGACUUUGCCAUUCCCGUGGAAGGGUCGGAAGAAUACUACCACAACAACUUUCCGAUAUUGCACAAGCUAGCCCAGAAGGACAACGCGGUUUUGCUCAAGUUCAUGGCAGACCCUCCAACCACCACUUUGCAAAGAUUGAAGGGGUUAACAACCGGCUCGUUGCCCACAUUUAUAGACGCAGGGUCUAACUUUGACGGUGAUGCCAUUGAUGAAGAUAAUUGGCUUUUACAGUUGCAUAGAAGAAAUCAAAGCAUAGCAUUCAUGGGCGACGAUACAUGGUACGCAUUAUUUAACGAGUACGUCAAUCCAGAGUUGAACUUCCCUUAUCCUUCAUUAAACGUGUGGGACUUGGACACCGUGGAUAAUGGUGUUAUCGAGCAUUUAUUCCCAUUGAUUCAAAAGGAGAACCGCACUCAGUGGGAUGUGUUGAUUGGCCACUUUUUAGGGGUCGAUCAUGUUGGCCAUAGAUAUGGACCCAGACACUUCUCCAUGAAAGAGAAACUUAAUCAAAUGAAUCAAGUCAUCGAAGAUACAAUCAAGCAGAUAGAUGAUAAAACUUUGCUCAUAGUAAUGGGCGACCAUGGAAUGGAUUCAACCGGAAACCAUGGUGGUGAUUCCCUUGAUGAAUUAGAGUCUACUUUAUUCUUGUACUCCAAGAACAAACGUUUCAACAAAAAGUCCAAUGAUCACUACAAUGUCUCAGAGCUUGGUAAAAACUAUAGAUCAGUGAAUCAAAUCGAUUUAGUUUCAACUAUUUCUUUGUUGCUUGGAUUGCCAAUUCCAUAUAAUAACUUAGGUUUCCCGAUAGACGAGGCCUUUUCAAAUGAUCACGAGCUCAAUCAAGUUAUAUUUAAAGCAGCACAACAAAUCCAAAGUUUCCGUGAUGCGACACCAAACUUGUCUCCAAUUAUUAACGAGAAAUACAGACUUUUCAUGCUGGAUUAUUCUGUGAAUUCAGAAAACAAAAAGCAAUGGGAACAUCUAAUUCAAUCGGCAAAAGACUAUCAGUAUGAGAGUUUGGAAGAAUGCAAGAGGUUGUGGGCCAGAUUUGAUCUCAAGAUGAUCUCUUUCGGGAUCAUUAUCAUUUUCUUAUCGCUUACAUUCACAUUAACCUAUGCUAGAUCAAUUCCCUCUGUUAGGGUACUGACUAUGUCCUUUGAGUUCAUCGGAUCGGUGAUUGCGAUGUCAUUAUUAGGCUUGGUGUUAAGUUUUUCCAUGUUUGUUGUGUUAAAACCGACCGACUUCAAUUUGAAAAGAUGUUUAGGAUUAGGUGCUUCGUUGGGAAUAAUCAUCGGCUUCUGGGCACCCAUAAUGGAUCGCUUCAGCCUUAAUUGGUUGUGGCACCAAGUCCGUGAUUUUUUCAUUUACAACUUUAACUCAUGGUCGUUCCUUGGGUUGAUAUUUGUAAGUCUUCAUUGUUUGAUAUUUGCCUCAAACUCCUAUGUUGUCUGGGAAGAUCAAAUGGUUCUGUUUUUGAUCAUCACUUUUGGUUUCUGUUGUAUAUUCGGAUCAUUGGUAAAUACCUCCUUACCAAGGACUCAAAGAAUUUUAUGCAUUCUGCAUGCCAUUACUUUCACAGUGCUUUCAAGAGUUGCAUCUAGUAUCACGCUUUGCAGAGAAGAACAGAGACCAUACUGCGAGCCCACAUUUAAGAGCAGUUGGUGGUCCAUCGUUUUACUUCAUGUGAGUUCCUAUACUUUGCCCACCAUCGUAAAAUCAUUUUACGAACUUUCGGAUUCAUACCAUUCUGCCGCUCCAUUAUGGAUAGGUACGGGAGUCAAGUUCUUGAUGUUUAUGAAUGCAAUCUACUGGACUGUCGAGUACGUUCAGAAUAGUGAGUAUUUCCUCGCAUCUAACUUUAAUCUUAGUGAACCUUUAUUAAAAUCUUUGAAAUUGGCAAUUGCAAGAUUAGUUUUAUUUAUUUCUUUGAUCCUUGCCAAUUUCAGCUGGUCCAGGGGCCCCUUGUGUGUUAAACUUGAUAUUAAAGAAGAGGUUUCACAAGACUCUGAGAACCCAAGCCAACCGCAGAAGACUGCGACUAUUUUGGGCUAUGGCAAUGUCUACGGGUCGUCUUAUUUCCUCUUGGUACUCAAUUUUGCGAUUGCAAUCAUGUUAGUGACCAAACCAAUUGGAGUUAUAUCACUCAACAUUCUUAUUGUUCAAAUUCUUUCACUUUUGGAAUUAUUUGAUGCAUUGGACAUCCGCAAGAAUUUAAUUGCUCCAGUUGUGUUUGGAUUAUUGGGAUACCAACAUUUCUUUAGUACUGGGCACCAGGCUACCAUUCCUUCAAUUCAGUGGGAAAUUGGUUUCAUGACAACUGAAAGCAUUGUGUUCCCCUUCACUCAUAUUAACAUCGUUCUCAACACCUUUGGAUCCUUCUUCAUUAUCUGUUUGGCAAUCCCCUUGAUCACUUUGUGGAAAAUUGCACCAUCAUCCAAACCCAUAACAGUUUUAUCACAGAUUGUGACCAACGUUACCACCCUUAUUACUUACCAGAUCUUUACCAGUUUAUCCUCGUUAAUUUUUGCUGCUCAUUUCAGAAGACACUUGAUGGUAUGGAAAAUCUUUGCCCCACGAUUCAUGUUGAGUGGGAUGUUAUUGAUCGUCUUCAAUGUGUUUCUUAUUUUGAUUACCUUGUGGUUUGGUACGGGUAAAAUUGUGACACAAGUGAACAGGAUCUUCGGCAAGUGA